AUGGUCAAGGUCGUCGAGGCCGCGCGGCCGUCGAGCGUGACGACGACGUGGAUCUUCUUCCUCUUCUGCCUCAUCAACCUGCUCAACUACGUGGACCGCGGGAUCAUUCCCGGCGCGCCGACGCAGUUCCAGUACUUUAUCAAGGCCACGAUGAACAUCACGGUCGGCCAAGAGAGCUUCUACCUCGGCCUCCUCGCCUCGUCCUUCAUCGCGAGCUACGCCGGCUUCAUCCUCCUCUUUGGCUAUCUCUCGAUCUUUAUGAAGCCCUUCCGCCUCGUCGGCGUCGGCCUCCUCGUGUGGUGCGUCGCCGUCCUCGUCUGCGGCGCCGCCAAGCAAACCAACAGCUUUUACGUGCUCCUCGCCGGGCGUAUCCUCAGUGGCAUUGGCGAGUCGAGCUUCCAAUGCAUUGCGCCGCCCUUCAUCGACGACUACGCGCCGCCCGCCACCCGGACGCUCUGGCUCGGCGUCUUCUUCGCCUGCAUUUCGGUCGGGACCGCCGUCGGGUACGAGUACGGUGCGCUCUUUGCCGACUCGAACCUCGGGUGGGGCUGGGCGUUCUACGUCGAGGCCUUCCUCAUGGCGCCACUCGCGCUCAUUGCGCUCUGCUGCAUUCCCGCCAAGUACGACCGUCCGGGCAAUCACCAGGUACACCGGCCGUCCGACGAAGACGACGACGAGGCGACGAUCACGCACGACGCUUCCUCCCACGUCGACGACCUCGAAGACCACAGCCGGUUAAUCAAAGCCAAGACGUCGCCGUCGACCUCACUCGAUGCUGACGCGAAUAGUGCGCCCUCCUCCACGUUGACGCUCGAAGCGCCGGCCAACUUUUUCCACGAAGCGUUCGCCGUGAGCAACAACGCGGUCUUCGUGCUCGUCGUGCUCGGAUCGGCUGCGUUCACCUUCUCGCUCGCGGGCCUGAGUGUCUUUGGCCCCAUGUUCCUCAUCGGGCUCGGACUCUUUGAGAAGGAGACGCACGCGUCCGUCGUCUUUGGCUCCGUCGUCGUGCUGGCGGGAACGAUUGGGACGCCGGUGGGCGGCCUCAUCCUCGACUACACGUGCCGCAACCUUGGCGCGAACGUGGCCAUGCGGCAGUACAUGGCGCUGCGGCAAAUGUUCCUCUUCAUGGUCGCGGGCACGUGCCUCUCGCUCAUCGCGUGGGCGUCGCUCCCGUCCAAGCUCUGGUUCCUCGUGCUCUUUGGGAUCGCGCUCGUCUUCCUCUUUGGCACGACGUCGUGCACGGCGAUCGCAGUGCUCCUCAGUGUCUCGCCGUCGCGCCGGCGCUCGCCGUCGCCGUCAACACGCUGCUGAUCCACGUGUUUGGGGACGUGCCGUCGCCCAUCCUCCUCGGCGCGCUCAAAGACGCGCUCGCGCCCGACUGCGGCAGCAUUGAAGUGGGCGGCAAAAUCAUCUUGAACCCCGACUGCGUCCAGGACCGGAAAGGCCUCAUGGACUCGCUCCUCUUCCCGCUGCUGUGGAUGGUCUGGACCGUCCUCCUCUGGGGCAUGGCCGUGCUCCUCGUCCAGAAGCGCCUCCGCCUCGCCGGCCAGCCCGUCUAGUGUCCACCGUAUAUACCCACAACACGAUACUACUCUCCGA